UUCCCAGACACACUCCUCUAAUAUUUCAGCCCCAAAUUCAGCCCCACCUCCGACGCUUCCUUCCGCCAUUCCACCAAAUUUCUCACCAUCAGAAGCUAUCCAUCACUCUCCCCAUACACCUCCUACACCCAACCAGCCACCAAUUCCUUCUUCUCCUCAGUUCACCUCGUUCAAUCACCGCCCUAACCUAACUUCCAGACCGGAAUACCCACGCCUCUCUCAAUCUGAAAUUCAGACUCGCAUAGCGCAAGGCUUGUGCUUCAAGUGUGCAGGCAAGUUCGGUCCGAACCAUCAGUGCCCUUUCAAACAACUCCGUUUGAUGCUCUGUGAUGAAGAUGAACAGAACCCACUGGAAUUUUCGGAAGACACCAGCCAACUCAAGCUCCGACACGGUGAAGAAAUGGAGCUUUCCCGUCACUCUGUUGCUGGUAUCAGUACCCCUAAAACAUUGAAAUUUUUGGGCAAGAUUCACUUUUCCCCUGUCAUCAUUCUGGUGGACUCCGGCCCUUCCCACAGCUUCAUUUCUCAACAACUGGUCAACAAAUUGCAGCUUCCACGCUCCCCAGCAACCUUCUAGGUUGUCAUCGAAAAUGGCAGCUCGGUCGCCGACAGAGCGAAGUGUCCAAGGGUUGAGCUACUGUUACUAGAGAUGCAAUUUGUUCAUGACUACUUUGUUUUUCCUUUGGGCAAUGUUGACGUCAUUCUUGGGGUGGAUUGGCUAGCAACUUUGGGCAUUAUUAAAAGUAAUUGGGAGAACCUCACUAUGACUUUCCACUGGAAGGGGCGGAAUAUUACGCUUCAGGGGGAUCCCUCAUUAGUCACCCAGGAAACUUCUCUUAAGGCUGUUUCAAAAUCACUUAAAAUAGGUACCCAUUGCUAUUGGAUUUAGUUGGAUGCCUUAGAAAAUAUUUCAGCAGUCUCCAGAAGAAGUUCAGCGAAUAUUGAUAAAUUUUCAGCAUUCAUUUGAGGAGCCCACCGGGUUACCGCCACGCCGGACACAUGAUCAUGCCAUUCGUUUGUUUGAUGGAGUCGCACCGCCUAAUGUCCAACCGUAUCGGUAUCCUCAUCACCAGAAGACUGAAAUUGAGAGACAGGUUCGUGAAAUGCUUCAUGCUGGAAUUAUUUGACCAAGCCACAGCCCAUUCUCCAGUCCUGUUCUUCUGGUGCAAAAGAAAGACGGUGGCUGGCGUUUCUGCGUUGACUACCGCGCUCUCAACAAACUUACCAUUCCAGAUAAGUUUCUCAUUCCUGCUAUAGAUGAGCUGUUAGAUGAGUAAUCUGGUGCUACAAUCUUCACUAAACUUGACUUGAAAUCUGGCUACCAUCAAAUCAGAAUUAUUGAUUCUGAUGUUGAGAAAACAACCUUCCGGACACAUAACGGCCAUUACGAGUUUUUGGUCAUGCCCUUUGGCCUGUCCAACGCCCUUGCCACUUUUCAGGCCCUCAUGAAUGAAGUUUUUCGGGCCCAUUUACGGGAGUUUAUUCUUGUCUUCUUCGAUGAUAUUCUGAUUUACAGCAGCACUUUAUCUGCUCACUUGCACCAUCUGAGUUUAGCUUUGCAGCUUCUUUCCGACCAUCACCUACUCUUGAACAGAAAAAAAUGUUCCUUUGGGGUUUCUCGCUUGGAGUACUUGGGCCACAUAAUUUCAGCUGAAGGUGUAGCUGCUGAUCCUCAGAAAAUUCAGUGUAUGAUUGAUUGGCCGCGACCUCGCGAUAUUACGGCACUUCGAGGGUUCUUGGGACUUACAGGCUAUUACCGCCGCUUUGUAUGCCACUAUGGACAAAUUGCAGCCCCAUUGACACAGCUGUUGAAAAAGAACUCUUUCCACUGGAAUGAAGACUCUACAAUAGCAUUCGAGAGGUUGAAGGCAGCCAUGACUACUGUUCCAGUUCUUGCCAUGCCUGAUUUUACCCAGCCUUUUCUAGUUGAGACGGACGCUUCUUCCACAGGCGUCGGGGCUGUUCUUAUGCAAGGGGUAGGCCUAUUUCUUUUAUGAGUCAGGCUCUCUCCCCUAGAAACAAAGUAAAGUCAGUUUAUGAACGUGAAUUAAUGGCUAUUGUGUUAGCCUUGCAAAAGUGGCGUCAUUAUCUAUUGGGAAAGCAUUUUAUUGUCUGCACCGAUCAGAAGAGUUUGAAACAUUUAAUGGAUCAAACCAUCAUUAGUGGAGAGCAACAACGAUGGGUGAUGAAACUACUUGGCUUCGAUUUUGAGAUUCAGUAUCGUCCGGGAAUGGAGAAUAAAGCAGCUAAUGCCUUGUCCAGAUUACCAGAAGCCUCUCUUACUUUACACUCCAUUUCAGCCAGGCAUUGGAUCGAGGGGGAAGUGAUUGAUCAAGAGGUUCGCUCCGACAGCCGGUAUAAACAAAUCAUUCAGCAGCUCUUACAGGACCCCUCCAACCAUGCCAAUUUCUUAUUAAAGAAUGGGACUCUAUUUUACAAAAACAGGUUGGUGAUGCUUUCCUCUUCUGCCUUACUUCUAGCCUUGCUGCGAGAAUUCCAUUCUUCACCUUGCGGAGGCCAUUCAGGGUUUUUUCGCACUUACAAGAAAAUAACAGCAGUUUUUUAUUGGAUUGGCAUGAAAAAGUGUAUUAGAGACUUUGUAACCCACUGUGAAAUCUGCCAAAGAAACAAGUAUCAAGCCAUGAGCCCUGCAGGCCUCUUACAGCCUCUUCCAGUCCCUGAUAAAGUUUGGGAGGACAUAUCUAUGGACUUCAUUGGGGGUCUUCCAAGAACGAAAAAGGGAGAUACCAUUUUGGUGGUAGUGGACCGAUUGACCAAAUAUAGCCAUUUCCUCGUGCUUUCCCACCCGUAUACGACCAAAGAGGUGGCUGCCUUAUUUGGUAAAGAGAUAGUUAGGCUUCAUGGUUACCCGCGUUCGAUCGUGUCAGAUCGCGAUGGCCUAUUUAUGAGUCAAUUCUAGGGGGAGCUUUUUCGUUCCGUGGGUACAACCCUCAAGUUCAGCAGUGCAUAUCAUCCACAAUCUGACGGUCAAACUGAAAUUGUCAACCGUGGCCUUGAAACAUAUCUCCGAUGCUUUUGCUCUCAACAACCAAAGGACUGGGUUAAAUGGAUCACUUGGGCGGAGUAUUGGUAUAAUAUCACUUUUCAUAGUUCUCUUGGGAUGACUCCCUUUAAGGCUUUAUAUGGGAGAGAUCCCCCAAUGCUCUUUCGGUGGGGUUCCGAAGCCUCCAAAAUUGAUAAGGUUGGCGCUUUUCUACAGCAAAGAGAUGCCAUUCUGCUUGAGUUGAAACAGCAACUCCAUAAAGCCCAAGAUAGGAUGAAACGUCAAGCCGAUUUGAAACGUCGCGAGCUCCACUUUGAAGUUGGUGAGCAAGUGUUCCUUAAAAUUCAGCCUCAUCGUUUCAAGACUCUUGCUAAGAAACUCAAUGAAAAAUUGAGCCAUCGCUUUUAUGGUCCUUAUGUCAUCAUUGAAAAGAUUGGUUCGGUUGCCUACCGUCUUGCUUUACCUUCCACGAGUAAAAUCCAUCCGGUUUUCCAUGUGUCACAGUUAAAAAGGGUCUUCGAGGCUGCUAUACAGUCACAACCUCUGUCUGGCUGCUUUUCGGGGGACUUAGAAUUGCAAUUACAGCCGGAAGCUUUAUUGGAUACUCGUUAUUCAAAAACUGGUCACUUGCAGGUCCUCAUCAAAUGGCAUUCUCUUCCGGACUGUGAGCACUCUUGGGAGGAUUACAUCGCUUUACGG